AUGAACCCAACCAGAGAUCCCUCACAACCUGAGAGGUUUCACCACCUCACUGAAUAUAAACACGAGCCGGAGUUCCAUUACGGCGACAUGAAGGCCUAUCUCUUCUGUGAUAUCGCAAAUGCCACCGGGCACAGGCUGGGACGUGUCAUUAACUGGUACAAGAACAACACAGUGGUGGAGAACGACAAACACUUCAAGAUCAAACCCAACAACACUCUUGAAAUUCACAGGCCGAAACGCAACUACUCUGGCGUCUACGUUGCCCGUCAUAAGAUCUACGAUAACAAUGUCCCCCUGGACUACGACUGCUUUGUGAGAUACUUUGCCAAACCCCUGGUUCUGGAUUUCCCGACGUCAGCCAACAUUCAAGAGGGCGAGACGCUGACUUUGAGAUGUGUGGUCAAGGGCUUCCCCCCUGCAGUGGUCUCCUGGUUCCGGAACGGAGUGAAACUUGUCGACAUGAAGAACAGCAGCCACGUUCGCUUCUUCGAGCUGGACGGAGUGGCCAAUGGUCGGCUGGUCAUCGCCAAGACCAAACGCCAGGAAGCGGGCAUGUACAAGUGCGUGGCACACAGUGCUCAUUUCAACUACUCCAACUCCAAAGAGAUCUUGGUGCGAGUCAGCGACAAAAUGGCCGCCCUCUAUCCUCUGCUGGGCAUCCUUGCCGGUGUGAUUAUCCUUAGCCUGCUUAUUGUCACGCACGAGGCCAACGCUAAGAAGCGUAUUAAGUCGGAGGAAGCCAAACUUUAUCGCGAGUCCUUUCUGAACCCUGGCGCUGAGCCACCGAAAGAAUGA